GCCAGCUUCCUGGCGGGGCAAAGUGGCCAAGCCAGGCUGCAGAAAACCUUUCAGGAUCCGUCUGAUCAAACAGCCGAGGAGGCACCGGCGCCAGAAGUUGUUGAAGAUGAGGGUCCGCGGCCCAUGCCGUACCCGGGGCAUGUGGUGCCCGAUAACGCAUUGCUGAGUGAGCUUGUGCCGCCGCCACCGUUGUUGCGUACGCCCGAGCCUCCGACACCUUCCAAUCCCAGUGCCGUGACACCGGCCCACAUGUUGCCCUCCUUGACGCCCGUGCCGCCUGAGACAGCAUCACCCGUGCCAAUGUUGGUCGAGCCGAGUGCAAGCGCUGGCGGGGAUGAAAGCACAGCGGCUGGCGGGGAUAGUGCACCAACGGCUGGAAGCUCCAGCGAAGGCCUUCCUUCUAGUGGCACCGUCAGGCCCGCAGAUGCGCCAGCUGAUGCACCAAUGCGCACGAAGCGGCUGCGCCUUGAUGCUGUUCAGACAGAUGCAAGCGGCAAGCAGUUGUUUCAUCAGGAUGAAGAUGUUACUCUAGAGGGAGAAGCAGCUGAAGAAUUUCUUGAUUGCGGCGAGUCAGCAGAUGGAGUUGAGUACGAACCCGAAGCAGCCCCUGAAAUACCUUCUUGCUUGAUCAAACCAUUUUCUGAAAGCGAGCCAGCAUGCAGCCCAGCUGAACUUGAUGAGAUUGACCGAGUCGCAGACCAGUUCGAGUUUGACAGACUUGUGCAACUCGGAGUCAUGACCGAGGUAGCUGAUAAGCUUGAUGGGCAUCGCAUGCUAACGAGCAAGAGCGUCAGAACUUGGCGGCCGAAAGUGCUCGCCGGGCAGAAGGUGUGGCUGCGUAGGUCGAGGCUGGUUGCUCGGGAGUAUGCACAUCUUGAUCCAGAGAGGUCAGGGCAAAGGGAUGGAAGCGUCACAUGGUACAAUGAUUUUACAAGCGAGAUGAAAAGCGCUGUUGGCGUUGAGUUGCCUCCGGAGAGCCCGGCGUUGUUCAGACUGCCGGCGUCAGCCGGAGGAGGCUAUGUACAUGUUGACGACAUGCUGUGUGGCGGCGUGACUUCCCUCCUUGAACGCUUAGAGCAGCAUCUUGCGAGCAAGUUCAAAAUUUCUUCAGAGUGGUUGCGCGAAGUUGGGGAUGAGGUCAGCUUUCUGAAGCGUCGGCAUCUGCUUGUGAGCCCGGAGCUACUUGUGAUUGAGCCGAAUGUUAAGUACGUCGACAAACUGCUUGAAGUCACAGGGAUGUCUCGAGGGAACCAUCGGUCCAAAGGAACCCCGUUUCCCACCGGGGUGUUGCCCACUGAACAGGACACCGACAAACCUCUUGACAGUGCCACUGCAACACGAUUUCGUUCUGCAGUCGGCAUACUGAUGUACAUGAGCAGCGAUCUCAUUGCUUGUCAGUUUGGGAUAAGAUACUUAUCAACAUAUGCCCAUGCACCUACCGAGGGCGCUUGGUCACACUUCAUCAAGUCUGUUUGGUUGACAAUAUGGCAGCGCGAUCAUUGGCAUGCCGACAAGGUCGGCCCAGUGCCAACAGACACGAACGUGUCAGAUGUAGGUGCAGAGGACGAGCCCAAUACGCAAAACCAUACUGAGGACGCCUUGGGCCAGAACGGCGUUGCACCCGGCGACAAUCUUGAAAUGCUUGAGCAAAUUCUUGAAUGGUUCAUGUGCGGAUUUUUCCUUGUGCACGAUUUUGCACUUGAGUAUCCCACGACAGUAAUGCUGGCCUUGCAAAUCUGCAUUCUUUGCGUGAUGUGUUGGAGCUUGUGUCGUCGAGGACGGUUGGAACAACUGCGUGAGCGUGCCGGCGAUGCUCAAAGUGCAACACAGCCCACAGUUGCUGUGCAUGUCAAAGUUGAGGGUUCUUCGGUUACGGUAGGUAGUCCCGAACCCACCGGCAAUGCAGGCUCCGUAGUUGCAGAUGCGCCCAGCACUUCCAGUGCCAGCGCGUCGAGUGCAAAUGCAUCAACCAGCAGCGCAGCAGCGCGUGCCGAUGAUCAUGAUGUUCGAAACUUCAGGGCAAUGCCUAAAGUCCGUGCAGCGCCAGAUCCAAAGGCGCGACCCACAGCUGACCAUGCUGUCUGGGUGACCAAGUCCCGUGGGAGAUCGUUUCAUCGUAAGAGAUCUUGUGGCACGCUUGGAAAUGCAAAAGCGCUUGAGCAGAUCACGAAGUCAGAA